UUUUUAAUGCACUUCCUCAAUAAUGCAGAGAACAAGUGUAAACUCUAGCUCAACAAGCGAUAUUGAGGAAAAAUUGUUCAAAGAAAAACUACCAAAUCUAAACUCGACCUUAAAAUUUGCUGCCAAGGAAUGCUGUUCAAUAUCGAAAAAAAUUCCCAUUAUAUCUUGGUUGCCCAAAUAUGAAAAGAGUUUUCUAUUAGCAGAUUUUAUAGCCGGUUUUACGGUGGGUCUAACUAUGAUACCCCAAGGCAUUGCCUAUGGUGUAGUGGCUGGUCUGGAACCACAAUAUGGUUUGUAUUCGGCGUUUAUGGGUUCAUUUAUGUAUAUAAUAUUUGGUUCCUGCAAAGAUGUUACUAUAGCCACCACUGCAAUUAUGGCAUUAAUGGUCCAUCCCUAUGCGGUCUUAAGUCCUGAAUAUACUGCUAUGAUUGCUUUUUUCACUGGAUGUAUUGUUUUAGCAUUAGGUCUCUUAAAUCUGGGGGUGCUAGUAAGAUUUAUAUCAAUACCUGUUAUUAUAGGUUUUACCACAGCGGCUGCCAUAACGAUAGCUAGUGCUCAAAUUAAUAAUAUUUUCGGUAUAAAAGCUCCUUCAAAUGAUUUGAUACCGGCUUGGCAGCAUUUCUUUACACACCUUAAUGAUAUCGGUUGGAAUGAUGCAAUAUUGGGUUUAGUUACUUUGGCCUUAUUGUUGGUUAUGAAGAAAGUCAAGGAUAUACCAUAUGGUAAUCGCACCUUUUGGAAAUAUGUUUCAUUGUCACGCAAUGCAAUGGCGGUUAUAGUUGGUACCUUUUUGGCUUAUAUCUUAAGUCGUAAGGGAACUCAACCUUUUAAGGUAACGGGUAAUAUAACUGCCGGUUUACCGCCAUUUAAAGUGCCGCUAACAGGUACUACUAUUAAUGGAACCGAAGUAACCUUAAAGGAAAUGAUGAAUACGGUGGGUGCUUCAUUUGCUGCCAUACCUUUGGUGGCCAUUUUAGAGGUGGUAGCUAUAGCUAAAGCAUUUUCCAAGGGAAAAAUCGUUAAUGCUUCACAGGAAAUGAUUGCUUUGGGUAUGUGUAAUAUAAUGGGUAGUUUUGUAUCGUCUAUGCCAGUUACCGGCUCAUUUACACGCACAGCCGUUAAUAAUGCCAGUGGUGUAAAGACAACUUUGGGCGGUUUGGUAACUGGAAGUUUGGUAUUAAUGGCUUUAGCCUUUCUAACCCAAACAUUCUAUUAUAUACCUAAAGCUACUCUGUCGGCCAUUAUAAUUGCUGCCAUGCUGUCACUGGUGGAUGUGGAGAAAAUUCAUGAUACUUGGAGAUCAAAAAAGAAAGAUUUCUUACCAUUUCUAAUAACUCUGUUUGUUUGCCUAUUUUGGAGUUUGGAAUAUGGUAUUUUAUGUGGUAUUAUCGCCAAUCUUUUCUACAUUCUAUACAGUAGUGCUAGGCCCCAACUAAGGCUAUGUAUUUAUAAGUUACUGGACUAUGAAUUUGCUAUGGUUGAUGUUAAACAAACGCUGGACUAUGCCUCAGCCGAAUAUCUAAAUGAAAAGUUGUUAAAUUUUAUUAAUUUACACCAGACACAUAAUAUACAUUUGAUCGUAAUCAAUGGUCGGGAAAUUAAUAGUAUAGAUUAUACAGUAGCUGCAAAUUUGGUGUCUUUAAGAGAAGAUUUACAAGUAUUAAACUGUGAUAUGAUCUGUUGGAAUUGGAAUAUAUCAUCGGCUGGUGUAGUUUGUCGUUUAAAUAAUAAAAUGCGUAAUAUGUUUAAAUUUCACAAAUCAUUAGAGGAAACUAUUGAAGAAUAUCGAAAAAAACCAUUGCACAAUUGGCUCUGAGGCAACAUUGUAUUCGGUGACAUACAUAAGUUCUCUUGCACUAAUGUGAAAAUAUAAGAACACGAUCUCUUAAGGAAGCGAGAAAACAAAAAUCUUACACUUUUUUUAAACAUUAUUUUGCAUUUUCGAAAUGUUUAUAAUGGCACCGAUCUUUGUAUUAAUAUUCCAUAUAUCCAUUAAUAUUAUUCUUUAAACAUUUUCAACGUUGAUAUUAUUUUUAAUAAAAAGUUAAA